ACUUUAAAAACGAUGGUUAUUCAGACUUUUCGGUAAACACUAUGACAUUCCUCACAUUUUGAACUUAAAGCUAGUGUCAAAAAUACAUGUUUUAAGUAUUAUAGACCCCYCAAGCUGCAAAUAUAAUAUAUCUAAUUAGCGUCCGUAAUAUAUUGGUAAUAAGUUUUGUUACCAAGGCAAACUUGUUAUAUUUACUUUCAUCGUUUUUAACAUCCAACUUGAAUUGUAAUUCGCCUUUCAAUGUGUCUUCAGUGCCGUUAUCUUCAGCCUCGGGCAUUGGAAGUGGAGGCGGAGGAGGCGGUGAAGGAGGCGGAGAACAAGAAGGAGAACAAUCAACGUUUAAUUAAAUAGUUGACGGGAUCUUGAUMAUUAAGUUCGUACARUACAUUGGUAUCAAAAACCGCAUCCCAUAAUUGCUUUAUAUUUGCUCGCACCGGGAAAUGAUCCAUUUAUAAUUUGUGUUUAAGGUACAAGUUAUACUGUACUGUUUGUUUGGGAGUGAGGGAGAWUAAGGUCCUACCUGACUUCUUCGCGCGUGCAUGUUAAACAGAAAAUAAACUCAUAAAACGCUCAGCAGGAAAGCUGAUCUUUGUGUGUUGCAUUAAUGAAUAAUUAAAAGCAGCUGGAUUUACUAGUUCAGUUUAAUAACUGCUUUUGUCAGUGAGGACCCAACAYAGCAGUAAARACGUCUUGGCAACGUACUGUAUCUUMAAAAUAGACCUUCAAUCUUCACGCUUUUCUAAGUCACAUUCAGAGGCAAAACCUGCUCUAUAACACUAUGUUMUUGUUAAGAACAUAGAUGAAUGUAAAUUUUCCUUGAAACAAUUUCAUUCGCUGCGCAAUUUAAACAAGAAUUGAUUGAAGACUUCUUCGCAUUUGGUAGUCUACUUCUUCUAAUGAUGCAAACAGGAUCCAUUUUCCACGCUGCUACCUUGUUUUCGCUUUUGUCUCUUCUUAAAGCCAACAAAUGUCACGUUUCUAUCAGCAAUGUUGCUCUGAAUGGGCAUGUGUUCGCUUCGCUUCAUGCAGACAACAUGCAUGUUUGUUAUGAAAGAUGUCAGGAGAAGAUUGGCUGCUUGAGUAUUAACUAUUACAGGGACAGCUUUACAUGCGAGCUCAAUAACCGGACAAUAGCAGUGAAGUCAAGAAUGAAGGAGGUCAACUUUAAUGCAGUUUACUUUGAGCGUAUAAAACCAGCUGCAAUUGGCUCACAAGAGGAAAUCCCCGCAGAAUCCUGCAUGGAAAUCAAAAUAACCCAACACCCAUCUAUCAGCGGUUUCUAUUGGGUUAAGCAUGCUCAACAAACAGCAAAGAUAUAUUGCAACAUGACCACUGGAGCUUCAGAGCCAUGCAUCAGUUCGAAGUGUCAAAAUCAAGGGAAAUGCAAUAAAGUGAAURAAAUUAGCUACAAYUGCACAUGCGUCUCGCCAUUUUAUGGGAAAAACUGCGAGAAUAAACUAAUCGACUAUUGCAGUCCUCCACCGUGUGUCAAUGGCGGGACAUGUGUCAACGGGCAAAGUACAUUUAGUUGUACAUGCAAGGUGGGAUUCACAGGGAAGACAUGCUCAACUGUAAACGACGCAGCAUGUUCAUCCUACACGACCAUAACCGAUUCUACUCGUCUAAUGACUUCCGGUAUUUCUGCAAAAAAAUGCGACAAUAAUAUCGCUAUAAAAUGGUACAGAUUUUCAGGGGGGGCAGGAGUCCGUAUGCCCACAUCGUGUGUACCAAAGAGUCGCUGCAACACGGACGCCACUGGAUGGUUGAGCCAGCCACACCCAAGCGUAGAACAGGGAAUAGUAUCCAAGAAAGUGUGUUUUAACUGGAGUUCUAACUGUUGUAGCUGGAACAAGUAUAUCCGAGUACGAAACUGUGGCAGUUUUUACGUGUACGAGUUUAAGCCACCGCCAGCAUGCASUUUGCGUUAUUGUAGCACAAAUUAAAUAAAAACAUUCUACUUUUUU